CCAGCAAAACCGAAACGCCUUCCAGCAAUCACGGCAGUCCGGGGCAGACGCUCAGAAAAUGCACGUUGAAGGAUCUGGAGAUCCCUGCUAAGAUCACCCGGGGAACAGGUGCGCUGUGCAUGAGAACGCGGACGGCCACCCGCAACCGAAUCGUCUUCGUCUUCUCGGAGGAAUCACUUUCCUCCCAUCUACCUGUGAACCAUGGAGUGCUGAGGCUGUUGACUGCGAAGCUGAGCAUUCGGAUCUAGCCCCCCAAGCGGAGUAUCCUGACCCCUCCGUUCCUGCUCGAGCAGAAUGCGCCCUGGUGUCUGAUGUUUUAUUUUACUCCAAUGAUGAUUCCCGAACACCAGAAUCAUGUUGUCACUACUAUUGAGACCAUUCCUCCCGAGACCAUCACGGCAUCGCCCACACUCCUGCAAAGGAUAAAGAAAGUAUUUAACAGGGAGCUGCUCCUCACUCUCGCCUUGGGGCAGGUGCUGUCGCUGCUCAUCUGCGGGAUCGGCCUGACGAGCAAGUACCUGGCGGACGAUUUCCACGCCAACACCCCCGUCUUUCAGAGCUUUCUCAACUACAUCCUGCUGUUUCUUGUCUACACCACCACGCUAGCAGUGAGACAAGGUAUGAGCGCUAUUCAAAAAGGGCCGGGUUUGGGAGUAUUAGCCUUAGGGCAGCCAAAAGGUGGCGCGGCGGCGCUCGAGCGUGUCUCAGGAGCCGCAAUAAACCGCCUCAAAUCGGACGGGCUUAAUGUGAAUAACGAGCUCCGCGAAGGCCUCGCUGUUCCGUGGGAGGCGCCGAAAUGGCGGGUGGGCUGUUCUCUUCUCUGCUGCCGCAUCAACCUGUCAUCCUUUUUCACCUUCGCUUCACAAACAAACUAUCUGUUAAUCCAAGCAUACCCGUUCGCGACACUGACCAGUGUGCUGCUGUUAGACUGUUUUGUCAUCCCCGUGGUGCUGCUGCUCUCCUGGUUCUUCCUGCUGGUGAGGUACAAGGCGGUGCACUUUGUGGGCGUCGGGGUCUGCCUGCUGGGCAUUGGCUGCAUGGUGGGGGCCGACGUCCUGGUGGGCCGGCAGCAAGGCCUGGGGGACCACAAGCUCCUGGGUGACCUGUUGGUCCUGGCGGGGGCCACCCUGUACGGGAUCUCCAACGUGUGCGAGGAGUUCAUCGUCAAGAACCUGAGCAGAGUGGAGUUCCUGGGCAUGAUGGGCCUCUUCGGCUCCUUCUUCAGUGGGAUUCAGCUAGCCAUAAUGGAGCACAAGGAGCUGCUGAAGGUGGCGUGGGACUGGCCAAUAGGUUUUCUGUACAUUGGAUUCAGCGCUUGCAUGUUUGGCCUGUACAGCUUCAUGCCAGUGGUCAUAAAGAGAACCAGCGCCACCGCGGUCAACCUGUCCCUGCUGACUGCCGACCUUUACAGCCUCUUCUGCGGCCUGUUCCUGUUCCAGUACAAGUUUUCAGGACUGUACCUGCUGUCAUUCUUCAUCAUUGUCCUGGGGCUGGUGUUGUACUCCUCCUCCUCCACCUACGUGGCCCAGGACCCUCGUGUCUACAAGCAGUUCCGCAAUGCCGGGGGCCCCGCUACGGAGACCCCUACCGUGGGGCCCAUGGAACCCUCGGUCACCUACACCAGCCUGGGGCAAGAGGUGGAAGAGGAGCCCAGGAUAAGGGUGGCCUGAGGACAGG